AUGCAAACGACGGAAGAUCAGCCAUCCUCGGAUGCACGCGAACCGAAAGCCACCAACAAUAAUGCUGAACAGACGGGAUCACGUUGGAGGAAGUUGUUCGGGACGAAUCCGUGGAAUAAGACCGAAGUCCACGAGAAAUCGACAUACCGCUCGAGAGCAACUCUGGGUAUUCUGAGUGACAAAGAGACAGAUGAAGUUCCUGGUACCGUCCUUCUUCUGUCGUCAAAUCGAAACGAGCCUCUGGGCUUGAGGCACCAGCCUCGACGCACAUCUGCGUCAUCUCUCCCUUCCUCCCAACCGCCCUCGCGCUCUUCCUCUCGCACUGCCGCACCGCAGAAGAAGAAAACGGCAGACGGACAAAUCGUGCUUGAUCCCCAACCUGACGAUUCCGUGAAUGAUCCUCUCAAUUGGCCAGUAUGGCAGAGAGAUGCGGCGUUGAUAUCCUUGGGAUUUUAUUGUCUCAUGGGCGGUGGCAUGACCACCAUCCUCGCAGCAGGAUUCACUAGCGUCUCGGAGACAUAUGACGUCCCCAAGCAGAAAGUUGCGUAUACAACCGGUCUAUACAUGAUGGGCAUGGGACUGGGAUCAGUUGUUAUGUCACCAACGGCGAUUCUCUUCGGCAAAAGACCCGUCUAUCUGCUGGGCGCGAGCAUGUUCAUCAUCUCUGGAGUCUGGUGCGCGGCUUCUCCCAAUUAUUCCAGUCUAGUGGUCGCUCGAAUUUUCCAGGGCAUUGCUGUGAGUCCGGUAGAAUGUCUUCCAUCUGCGACUAUUGCCGAAAUCUAUUUCUUGCACGAGAGGGCUUAUCGCGUGGGUAUCUACACCCUGCUUCUCCUCGGUGGCAAGAACCUCGUUCCACUGGCCAGUGCAGCCGUCAUUGGGACUCUUGGAUGGCGCUGGGUAUUCUGGAUUGUCGCCAUCAUCGUCGGCGCUUGCUUAAUACUCCUAUUUUUCUUCGUACCAGAGACUUUCUGGGAUCGAACACCUCGCCCUAGACGUCAUCAAUAUAAGCGUCCACACAUGCCUCGAACCGUGUCUGAUUUGGUCUCUCAUGGGUUCCGAGGACGGCGGUCGCAUGCGCAGAUCCCCGAUGGACCGUCCGAAACAAGUCAGAAAAAGGAAGAAACCGCGCAGUCUCCAGCUCCCAGGAAGCCAAAGCAUGCACAUGUUGGAUUUGCCGAUGAGCCAGAGGGGACAGAGAACGAGAAACCGGCCCAUGCUCGUGAAACCGAAGAUCUUCCACCCAACGUUCACCUUGCGCCCACCGAGGAUCACAUCAUCACAGAGCCCUCGACUCCCGCAGUUGAGAGACCAGAUGGUCUACUACACCCGCCUCCAGCAGCUCUAGCGCCACAGCAUAACCCAAGUGACUUGGAAGCAGCCCGCAGUGGAGCUAUCUCACCUGCUCGCAGCGAGUCACUUGAGCCUGGAGCAUCUAUCAGCUCUACACUCCACUACACUAAUCGCCUCCGCGAGAAACCUAAGUUGCCGUACCUGUCCAUGCUGAAGGUCUGGAAUGGACGAAUCGCGCACGAUAAGUGGCUCAAGAUUGCCGUUCGCCCGUUCAUUCUAUUCGCGUAUCCCUCUGUUUUAUGGUCCACAGUCGUAUACUCACUGUCGGUUGGCUGGUUGAUCGUGCUCUCCGAAUCCGUGUCCGUCGUCUACGAAAGCGCCGAUCACUACGGAUUUACUGCACUCCAAACGGGUCUUAUAUACAUCUCUCCCUUCGUUGGCGGUUUACUUGGCACUGCAGUUGCAGGAAAAGUGUCCGAUAUUGUCGCCCGAUUCCUCACAAGCCGUAAUGGCGGUGUCUACGAACCCGAGUUCCGCCUUGUCAUGGCCAUUCCCAUCGCCCUGUCAACAGUGAUCGGACUCAUGGGCUUCGGCUGGAGUGCCCAGCUCAUGGACCACUGGAUUGUGCCCACAGUUUUCUUUGGAAUGAUUUCAUUUGGCUGCUGUCUUGGAAGUACCACUGCCAUUACCUUCUGUGUGGAUAGUUAUCGCCAGUAUGCUGGAGAGGCACUGGUAACGCUGAAUUUCAGCAAGAAUAUCUUCCACGGCCUCAUUUUCUCACUUUUCAUUGUUAACUGGCUCGAGUCCGACGGUUCUCGGACAGUUUUCCUUGCCAUUGGUGGUAUUCAAUUGUUCUGCCUGCUAAUGUCGAUCCCCAUGUACAUUUAUGGCAAGCGGGCUCGCAUGUGGACAGUGCGUAAACGUUUGAUGGAGCGGUUUUAG